CACCUGUCUUGGCAGGUGUCUUGGCAGCUGGCACCUCUUUACUGAUUCGCUCUUAUUUGGAAGCCCAACCAAAUAUAAGGCAUGCACCCAGGAGCCCAUCAAGCCAGUCAUCCAGGAUGAAGGGGUCACUGCAAUGCUUCGUGGUUCUGCUGCUUACUGGACUUUGCUCUGCUGGGCCGGCAGGGAAAGAGUUUGCCACAGCCUUCAUGCAAAAUUAUAUUGAAGACUAUAAAGGCUCAAGCUUUAAGAUUGAAGUGGCAUCUCCCCCCACCUCCCUCCAACCCACUAAGGUCAAGGUAACUGCCCUUGGGAAGGUCUAUGAGAAGACAGUUGACCCUGGUAAAAGCGUGUCCUUUGACCUACCCAAAGGAGUAGAGAUGAUUGGCAGUAAAAAGAACCUCCCCACUGUCCUGAUCGAAGCUUCCCAGGAGGUCACAGUGUUGUCACUCAACUACAAAAAGGAAACUGCUGACACCUCUGUUGUCUACCCCGUGAAGGACUGGGGAACAGAGUACUUCAUCUUCACCCCCAUGUCGACCGCUGGUGAUAGGUUCUCCAAAGAGUUUUCCAUCAUCAACUACAAAGAGAAGAACUUUGGGGUUGAGGUCUAUCUGACUGGCCCGGUGACAUUCCAAAGGCAAAAGUAUUUUGCAGGCAGCAAGCUGACAAUCGAUCUUUUGCCCUUUGAGAGUGUACAGAUUCAGAGCCAGUUUGAUCUGAGUAGCACCAAAGUGAUCUCUAAGUUUCCAGUAGGAGUUCUCUCAGGACACAGCUGUACUAAGAAAUACACUGGCUGCAACCACGUCUAUGAGCAGCUCCAGCCCGUUAAGAGUUGGGGGAAGGAAUUCAUUGUUGCACCACUGCCUUUCCAUAAAGACAUCAACAGAUAUGAUAGUAUUUAUAUCCAAACAUCUCAGUUCACUCAAGUCAAAGUCAUUCAAACUGGUAUCGAUUUCCUUACACUACCAAUGUUCCCAGGACAAUCGUUGGAGCUCAUUGUCACCUGGCCAAAUUCCUAUUACUUGAGUGCUGACAAAGGCAUUCAGGUCCUGUAUGAGUUCAACGGAGGUGACGUAGGAAAGAAGCAAUACUACGACCCUUUUCUGUUCACCAUUCUACCAACUGAUCAAUUCAGCACUUCAUACUCUCUAGAAGGGCAAGCUGGCUUCCACAACAUGUUCAUAAUGGUGGCUCUUACCAAGGACCUGGGUGGGUUCACGGUAGACAAGCUCCCAAUGCCCUUAAACAUCGAGUGGCACAAAGUGGACGGAACCGAGUACUCAUGGGCUGAAGUCUUGUAUGGUACUGGAGCUAGCUUCCACCAGAUAGCCCACACAAACUCCCCAUUCGCUAUCUACAGCAUUGGUGGGGCUUAUGCCAAUGGCUAUGGAUCCCCUGCCUCUGGUAACCCAGAUGCCCCCGAAUGCCCAAAGAACAGUCACUAUGAGGUGUGUGGAAGGGGCUGCCCUGCCACCUGUGACGAGCCAGAAGGUCUCUCCAUGUGCAAAACCAGGUGUGUGAAGGGCUGUACGUGUGACAAGGGCUAUGUGCUUAAUGGAAAAAAGUGUGUUCCCAAGUCACAGUGUGGCUGCCUGUACAAUGAUCGCUUUGUGAAAGCUGGAGCAUCCCUCUGGGUUGAUGAGCACUGCAUCGAGAGGUGUACUUGCAACUCAUCCACCUUGAAAAUGGAAUGCAAGAGCACUGGCUGUCCUCUUGGGCAAGAGUGCCAGAUGGUUGAUGGGAAGAGAGACUGCCACCCGAUGGCCUAUUCCACAUGUAUGGUGUCUGGUGACCCACACUACCGCACCUUCGAUGGCCACCAUUACAGCUUCCAGGGUACCUGUGUGUAUCAGAUGGCUGGCGUUUGCACCAACAACAAAGCCCUUGAGCACUUUGAUGUCCUAGUGCAAAAUGAUGGCCGUGGUAAAAAAGCAGGGUCCAGCACUAAGUUGGUGGAGGUUGUUGUUUAUGGACACACCAUUAUCAUCAGUAAAGAGCACAAAGGUUUAGUUCUGGUAGAUGAAGAGCUUACCAACCUCCCAGUCAAACUGCUGAAAGGUAAGGUGCAAGUGUACCUGAGUGGUGGCUUUGCAGUGAUUCACACUGACUUUGGGGUGAAAGUGUCCUACGACUGGCACUCCACAUCAUUUGUCACCAUCCCCCACACUUAUUCUGGUGCAAUGUGUGGCAUGUGUGGUAACUACAACUUCAAACUCAACGAUGACAUGCAGAUGAAGAAUGGAAAGCAAGCCGCCACUCCAGAGGAGUUAGGUCAGAGCUGGAGAGUUGCAGAGAUCCCUGGUUGCGUCCAUGGCUGUAAAGACAAGAACCAUUGUCCUAACUGUGACAUCACGCAGAAAGAGAAUUUUGAGACCAAUGAGUUCUGUGGUAAAAUCCGAGACCCCAAAGGACCCUUCCGCAACUGCCACGCCAAGGUGGACCCCAGCAGCUUCUUCGAUGACUGUGUUUACGAUGUAUGCCUUAACAAUGGCAACAAGAACACACUCUGCAGUAGCCUCCAAACGUACACUGCAGCAUGCCAGCAGAAUGGAGCUGAGGUCUUUGCAUGGAGGUCCAAAGACUUCUGCGAGUUCAAACACCCUGCGAAUAGUCACUAUAAGAUUUGUGCAAAUGGCUGCCCUGCUACUUGUAAUAGCAUGUCUGCCCCCACCAGCUGUAAGACUCUGUGUCAGGAAGGAUGGGCUUGUGAUGCUGGUUUCAUUCUCAGUGGAGACCAAUGUGUGCCCCUGUCGCAAUGUGGUUGUCUUUACAAUGAUAGAUACUACAAAAAUGGCCAAGUCUUCCAUCCCAAUGGGCUCUGUCAGGAGGAGUGCACAUGCAAUGGCAAGGUGAAUUGUGUGAAGUUCAGCUGUGGCCCCCAUGAGACGUGUGAGGUGAAGAACGGUGUCAGGGAUUGCCAGGCUGUUGGAAAGGGAGUCUGCACCAUCUCAGGUGACCCACAUUACAAGACCUUUGACAACAGCUUAUAUGACUUCCAAGGUACCUGCACCUACACUGCAGCUCAAGGCUGCUAUCUAGAGGGCACACGCCUCAACCCCUUCUCUGUUGUGGUGGAGAAUGAGAAGUGGUACGCCAUGUCAAAUAAUCCAAAGGUGUCUGUUGCCAAGCUUGUGGCUGUAGAAGUCUAUGGUAAUACCCUGGUUCUAAGGAAGAAUCAAGCAGGAAUGAUAAUGGUAAAUGGAAUUAUGAUGAGCCUCCCUGUGAAUCUUAACAAUGGAGCAGUGCAGGCCUACCAAGAGGGCACCUAUGAUGUCAUCACAACAGACUUCGGCCUGAGAGUCACCUAUGACCUUGUGUACCACAUCAUUGUCACCGUCCCUGGCAACUACCGGGGCAAGACCUGUGGUCUGUGUGGCAAUUUCAACGAUAACAAGAAUGAUGAGUUUCAACUGCCUGAUGGGAAAUUAACCAAGGACCUCCUGACCUUUGGCGCAGCCUGGAAGAUCAGUGUGCCACAUGUGGUUUGUGAGGAUGGCUGCAGCGGAGACUUCUGCCCCAAGUGUGAGGCAAAGAAGAAACUCAUAUUUGAGGCUGACUGUAGCAUCAUCACAAACCCUCAAGGUCCCUUCGUCGCCUGCCACAAUGUGAUAGACCCCACCUCUUACUUCAGAGAUUGUGUCUAUGAUGUCUGCUUGUCUGAGGGAGACCGUAAGGUUCUCUGUCAAAGCAUAUCAGCGUACAUGAUUGACUGCCAGGACUUUGGGGUGAACAUCAGUAACUGGAGAACAGCAACCUUCUGUCCUCUGGACUGUCCUGCCAACAGCCACUACCAGAGCUGCUCUGAGAUCUGUGCCAACCCAUGUCCCGGCCUCUCUGACAUUAUCACCUGCCCCACCACCUGUGCCGAGGGCUGUGCCUGCAAUGCAGACAACUACUUCAAUGGGACAGGCUGUGUUAAGUGGGACCUGUGCAGCUGUUACCACAAAGGACGCACAUACAAGAUUGGUGAGUCUGUGUUGUCAGAGGAUUGCCAGGAGCUCUGCACCUGCUCUGCCUCCGGUGAUGUGAAGUGUGAGGCCACCAAGUGCAAGGCUGACGAGAGCUGCCAGGUCAAGGAUGGUCACCGGGGCUGCUAUCUCAAAAAGUGUUUGUUGGAGACUAAUGGUGCCUUCACCCUUUUCAAUGGAAUAAGUGGCGCAAUCACAGCCAUGGGGGCCUAUGAGAUCAUCAAAGUUUGUGACAAUGCUCUUGUGGAAGAGUGGUUCAGAGUGGUGGUAGCCUUGCAGGCCUGUGGGAAGACUGGCCUCAAGAGCGUUGUUGCUGUGUACGUCUACUUUAAUGACCUGAUCGUCACUGUCAACAGCAAGCAUGAAACUUGGAUAAACGGUAAGAAGGUGACUCUACCACGCCUGAUGAGUAAUGAGGUCUCAGUGAAGGUUAAUGACAAGACAGUGAUGAUUGAGAGGAUGUCAGGCCUUCAGGUGUCAUACAGCCUCUCUCAGGAGAUCAUAGUGACAGUGAGUGCCCACAUGGCUGACAAGGUGUGUGGAGCUUGUGGAAGACUGAAUCCUUCAGGAGACAUCCCGGGCCCUAGUCUCAACCGGACUAUGCAGGAAUACAUGGAUGGCUGGAAUGCACUGGACUUCCCAACCUGCAGUGGCGGCCUUUGAACACCAUGGAACAUUCUUUCGUCCACAAGACAUUUUAACUACCCAGAUUAAUCACCUCUGAUAGAGAAUCAGUCUUCAAUAAAUGUUUGUGAUAACUUUAAUUCUAUUCUUACCGAACAAUUGCAUUUUGUGAAAUUAUUCUGUAAAAACCAAACAAUAAAAUGUCGACAAGAAAAGCAUCAAGAA